CGCAUCUUCAUCUUCAUCUCCCACAUAAACCAUCAAUCAAACAAACAAUGGCAGCAAAAUCAAGACCAAAAACUAUCUCUCUGCUUGCAUUAUUCAUUGGCAUUCUCUGCCUAUAUUUCCCGGUGACAACAGCGGCAGUACUUCCUCUAGUGGAAAAGUCAGGUGCAGCCGUCGAUCUCCUCUACUUGACUCUCGUGUGGCCGGGGACAUUCUGUUACUCAGGACAAUGCUGCAUGCCAACAACAGGGGAACCAAGUAACGAUUUCUUGAUUGAAGACCUGAAGACAUUAGACCAAACUGGACAGAUCGUCCAGGACUGCAACUCAACAUGCAGAUUCUCUGUUAAUAAGGACCCGAUGCCGUCUUUAAUCCCUGACCUCUACUCAAACUGGUGUAACUUGAGCUGCCCAUGCAACAACGGCUUCGCUAACUGGAACAACACCUGGUGCGCGUACGGUCAAUGCUCACAACUCAACCAAACAGACUACUUCAUAGCUGCGUUCAAUAUGACUGCAAAAGCCAACUUGCUCAAUGCCUUUCAAGUUAAAAGCAUUGUACCCUCAUCUUCUGCCUCCUACAAGCUCACAGAGAUCAAUACCGCUCUGGCCAAUCUCAGCUUAUCGGCUCAUGUUGAGUGCGUCACAAAAACAGACGGGGCUUCGUUGCUCUCUAAGAUCAGUUUCUGUAUCUCUACAGAUGGCCUGAGUUUUAUCGACUGCCCUUUCGACAUCAAGCAGACAUGUGACUCUGAACUGUGGUUCUAUCCCUUCUACAUUAACCAGCUCAAUACUGAAUGUGACUACGAUUACGUUGGCUCUGGUGACCUCAUCAAGAUGCCUACUGCGAAGCACCUUCCUAUGUGAUAGAUUUGCUGCUCCAGCUAGCAGUCCAUUCCGCUUCUAGUGAAAUUAUGACUAAAUAAAUGUAAUCUAGUAUCCUCAAAAAAUCUAUGAAUGGACUGUAAUCCUGCACCAACUGAAGUUGAAUGAGGAUCAAUGGCAAUAAAAUUUUGGGAUCA